UUCAUUUCAAGAUAAGAUUUCUGUGUUCGUCAUUUUGUUUGGUGAUUUUAUUGGAACUUUCCAGAAGGUACAAGAAUCACUGAAACCCAAAUGGUCGGCAUUUGAACCCUUCAUUUCUGGUUGUGGUUCUUGGGUUUUGCUUGUAUGAUCUUGGUUAUUAUUCAAGACUUCACAUAAAGACGUUGAUGUGAAGCUUGAUUCAGUCUCCAGCCAGAUUUUGCAGUUAGAAAACGGGUUCUUGCAUGCGAUGGAGCUUCUUGAAGGCUCCUUGUCUACUUGUCCGAGAAAUCAGCAUUGUGCGCAUUGGGCUCGUGUCUACAUGAAAUAUUGUCUUUGCAGUGUGAAGGAUGGAGCGUCUCUAGCUUUGGGCUUGGUGAGUGUUAUCAGUUGGGGAGUUGCCGAAAUACCUCAAAUCAUUACGAAUUUCAGGGAGAAAUCUACAGAGGGUCUUUCUAUUGCUUUUCUAAUGACAUGGAUAAUUGGAGAUCUUUUCAACCUCAUCGGCUGUAAGUUGGAGCCAGCUACUCUGCCAACCCAAUAUUACAUGGCAUUCUUAUACACGGUUACUACAGUUAUUUUGGCCAGCCAAACUGUAUACUAUGGCCACAUCUAUCACCGACUGAAAGCCAAUAGGCUAGGCCUACCUCAUAAGGUGCCCAAACUUCAUGAUGAGGAAGCAGUGAGUAAAAACAAGCAAAAUGAUGGCGUCUUUGUUGAAAAAGGACGCAAAUCUGACGUUAAUCAGACAAAUGGAUCCAGUGUUGCAGAGGAAGGACUUCACAAGCCAAGCUCACCGAUUUCAGUCUCUGCUACAGUGAAUUCUCAUCACGGGUCUCAUGAGAGAGACUUGUAUUACAUGUCAGCAAGAUCUCUAACAAAGAGUCAUACGCCUACAGUGGGAUCGUACUUAGCACGCUCACGUGAUUAUGUGAAAUCGCCUUCUACGAAUAUGGUUGAUCAAAAUUCCAUAGAGGAGCCUUUGCUUCGUGGGCCAAUGAACAUGCAGUCUUCACCACCUCCAAACACUAAAAGCAUGCUUUGUGUGGUCACUGCAGCAAUGUUCUUUCUCAGUAGCUUUGAUCUCGACCUUUCCCGAAGCAACAGGUUUAUUUCAGUUUUAGAAAAGCCGCAUAGAGGAAUUGUCAUCCAGGUUGGGCGAAAGCUUUUACAGAGUAAUGGUGGGCCAUUGCUGCAAGAUGGAGCUGGAGGUAGUGGGAUUGGAACCAUUCUUGGUUGGGCAAUGGCAGCUAUUUACAUGGGCGGACGGCUUCCUCAGAUUUGCUUAAAUAUUAGAAGGGGCAGUGCCGAGGGGCUUAAUCCGUUCAUGUUCAUCUUCGCAUUGAUCGGAAAUCUGACAUAUGUAGCCAGCAUUCUUGUGAACAGCUUGGAAUGGUCUAAAAUCAGAUCAAAUCUUCCUUGGUUGGUGGAUGCUGGAGGAUGUGUUAUUCUCGAUACUUUCAUACUUGUGCAGUUCAUCUACUUCCGCUGGCGGAAAUCCAAAGGCUCUCAAGUCAAUCAUGACCUUCUUGUUGCAGCUUAAGCCGCGAUCUUGUCUGCGACAGCAUUGCAGAGGUCGGUCUUUGGAUUGUGAGCAUGAGUAGUGGCAUUUGGUACACUCAUUCAAGAAGCGAGGUCCAAACCCGAUAAGCCGGGUCCGUUCACCAGCUAACGAAGGCCUCAUGAUCAGAGGUUGGGCACCCAGGUCAAUAGCUUUCGGUACCUUCGAGGGAAUAAUGUCAUUUAAACUUAUUCUUUUGUGAAAACAUUCAAGCAAUAAGAACAUCAUCGAAGUAUUUGUAAUUGGGAUUGUUUGUAGAGUUAAAUCAAGUAGUAAUCGUUCUCAUUCCCAAAUAUUGCAUUAUCAGACUCUCUUUCUCUUCCCCCUUAGUUUACAUUCAGCCUUUUUUCCUAGGGCCCACUUAGUAAUAAAAUUUUGUACUUGUCACCUAAGAAAAUUUUACAUUGUUCAACAUUA